AUGGUGAUAUUUGCACUGUUGUCAUAUGCAUUUAAAAAAACAUCUGGGUCAUGGGAGAAGAAUUUACCGGCACUUUCAAUAAUAAACUUCCCAUUGCCUUGUUUCUGCAUUGAUAUUUUUGUAACCUUCAAAUUCAAAUCGGAUGGUAGUGAGCACAGCUUACGAUUACCUGGAUGUAGCAAAAGCAGCGAAAAUUAUAAGCCACGUGUACAUUGUGUAGUCGGGAACCGUGACAAGACUCUGUUUAUUGCUGUCACCUCAUCUAUUUUUUACAUAUAUUUAGCGCAUCCUCAGUUGCUGCUUUGCACAUUUAAACGAUCUGAAGAAGACACAAAAAAAAAGGGUGAAUAUCGGAAAGUUUAUUGGCGAAAUGAUUCUACUGCUAUAUGUUUUACGACGUCUAAAAAUUGUUUACUGUUAUACGGAUUGGAUAUAUCUUAUGAUAAACAGUCCUUCACCUUUACUGAACCACUCGAAGUGCAUCUAAGACGUACUUCUUCUGAGCUAUUCAUUAAAGAAAAAAGGCCUCAAAUUGCAGCAUAUUUAUCAGUUGUUGCGCGACUUUAUAGCACAUCAACUUGUAUCGUGCCUUUUCGGGAUGAUUUAUUCGUUUGCUUACAAGAUGGUUGGUUACAUCGCAUAUCGUGGGAAGGCAUAGUUGAUAAAACUUUCUCAUUCAACUUACUCGAUAUUCCUUUUGCAGUCGAUCAGUUACAAUCUAAAACUGAGUAUGUACAAGAAUCUGGGGCACAUGUUGUUGAUAUGGCAUAUGCUCCUUUGAUUGGUGGAUUUAGUAUAGUGCUUUCCAAUGGUACCGCUGCUCUUUUAACAUCACCUUCAUCAAAGUUCCUGCCAAAAGACUUGUUAGGGGUAUGGGCACUGCAUUUGAAUGAUGGUGUUUGUACUACAGUAAACCACAAGUAUCGAUUAAUUGUUUAUGGCUGUAAAAAUGGUGAUAUUGCUGUAUUUCACUUAGAGGAUGGGAAUGGCUCACUAACAUGCACAUAUCGCAUAGCUUUGGAAGUAAAGAAUGGACCAGAAUUGUUGAAUCGGAUGGGUGAAGUUCGUCAUGUAGAAUGCCACACACAAGGUACUGCCCUAACAGCGGUCUGGUCACCAUUGCUGCGUGACAAACGUGAAGGUGAUUCAAGUACAUUGCCAAUCGUUGCAAUAUUCAGUUCAUUUGGUGCUCAGUUAUGGUGCUCUCUCGAAUCGUCUAGUGAUAGGGACUUCCAUGCUGCGAAUUCCUACCAGUGGGUCGAUUGGGGCCCAGAAGGAUUCAGUUUGUGGCUGGCUACCGAUGUCGGGUUGCAUGUCUUACCUAUAGCACAUUCUGUGAAUUCAAAUGGCAUUGAAAGCACUGAGAGAAUUAUUUUUCUCUCAGACAAGCAUAUUUAUUUGAGUGCUGCGAAAGAACGAGAACAAAAUAUUAGUGCACCUCACAGCAUUUGGCAUGUGCUCCCUAUACCUAGCAGUUAUUUAUCAUCUAAUUGGCCUAUCAGGCUAGUUGAAAUGGAUGAUUGUGGACAGUGGCUUGCCGUUGCAGGUUCGAGAGGGUUCAUACAUCAUAAUCUUGCUGCAUGUAAGUGGCGCAUGUUUGGAAAUGAAUCACAGGAAAGAGAUAUGUUUGUCACUGGAGGAAUGACGAUAUGUUAUGAGCAUGUUGUGCUUGCUUGUUAUGAUACUGAUCGUUGUAAAGAAGAAUUACGAUUUUAUCCUUUAGAAAAUCAGUUAAAUGAUCAGUUUUGUAUCAAGCAUCCUGUUAGUUCAAGAAUACUUCUUUUGACUCGACGGCAUAACAAAUUGAUUACCUUUGAUAUUGAUUCAUGCAUAUUUAUUUUCACUAUAUUCCUGGAAAAGAAUCACAAAAAUAAAGAACAAGUAAUACGACUAGACAGAUGUGUGGAAAUACGUGUUCAAGAUUUAGUGCCUCAUGCAGCCUGUGUUCUUUCCGUAGAACUGGCGGCAUUGAACCAUGAUUCACCUGUAAAAUUUUGCGAUGGAGUAGACACGGUUUUACUGAAUGUUUGUGGACGACUGAUAAUGGUUAAUCCUGUUAAGCGAGAUGGUGUUGUAAGUAAUUUAUCUGACAGUGAAGAUGAUCAGGAUGACGAAACAUAUUUUCAGCUUAGUCAACCAAUAUUGAUAGCUUCUUAUGUUGAAAAUAUAUGGCAUGAAGUGGCUAUGAACAGUACUUUUGAACGUAAACCUCAUCUAACUCAUGCUUUAUGGCUUAAUUGUGGUGUUAAGGGAAUGAAGGUAUGGAUACCGUUGUUUACUUCAGAAAGAGACAGUAGUGCCAAAUUCGACUCAUACCAUACUUUCAUCAGCAAAAGAAUCAUGUUACCGUUUGAACUGGACGUCACUCCCCUCGUUAUAUGUAGUAGAGACUGCUUGGCGAUUGGUAUGGAAAGUUGCCCGGCAUAUUCAGAUAAAACAGACUGUAGGAAGCAUUUGCCAGUAUAUAAUUUGCAUCGUAAAAGUGAGGUUUUUCUUCAUCAUUUAUUGCGACAGCUUUUAAAGCGAAAUUUGGGGGUGUAUGCAUUAGAAAUUGCUGCUACGUGUAAUCAGUUACCGUAUUUCGGUCAUGUACUAGAAUUGCUAUUACAUAAUGUAUUAGAAGAAGAAGCGACAUCAUCAGAUCCAAUACCAGAUCCGUUGUUACCUCGUGUAGUGGCUUUUAUUCAAAAAUUUCCAAAUUAUCUGCAAACAAUUGCUCAUUGUGCACGAAAAACAGAACUAGCUUUGUGGCAUGCUUUGUUUGCUGUAACAGGACAUCCACGUGAUCUUUUUGAAAAAUGUAUUAAUGAUGGACAACUUGAAACGGCCGUUAGCUUCUUAAUCAUUUUGCAAAAUAUGGAAAGUGUGUCUGCCAGUCAGGAGCAUGCUACAAUAUUGUUAGAAGAAACUCUCUCAAAACGAAAAUGGUUAACAGCACGUGAUAUCGUUCGCUUUCUUCGCGCUAUUGAUCCAUCCGACACCAAUUAUCCGUUGCGAACUCCGUGUUCGAAGCCUCAUCGCAACGUAGCAAGUGUCAUGUCACGUAUAUCUACACGCAGAUCCACAAAUGACAGUGAAGAAACAAAAUCUUUUGUUUUUGGAAGCUAUAUUGCACCAAGUAUGACGAAACGGCUACGACAGUCACAGCAGGAUGGUAUCUCUAGUAAUGGUUUACUGGGACGAAAAGAAUCAGUUGGAAAGAAAGUUCAGAGAUUGAAUUCUCUAGAUGCGCCACCAAGUCCAGUUAAUGCGUUGAUGUUCUCUUUUCUUGAUGAUGUAUUAAAUCGACAUGCUCUCCAUUUGCUGGAAGACUGUAGUAUUCAGGAUUUAGGUGCAUUUGCUGCAUAUUUGGAGUUCGACUUAGUAAGAUGGCUUCAAAUGCAGCAGCAUAAUGUAGCCCAAAUCAGUGAUUUUGCAUUGGCUUUAAUGCGGUUGCAUACACAGUUCAAAUGGCCUUAUCCGCUAGUAAGUCAGAGUAUUAUGGAGCAGUUGUCAAAACGAAUAGAAGGCAUCAAAAUUUCGGCAAGCAAUAGGUCACUGAAAAAUAAAAAAGAGUUGGUAUGUGCACAAUCUGCGGUUAGUACGCCAUCAGCAGAAUGCAUUUCUAAUUCGGGCAGUGACUGGGAAGGUUUCCAAAAAAUCUGUGGUGAAAUUGCUGCGCGUGGAACUCAAGAAAGUGAAUUGGAGUUAAAAUAUAUGUUAGACAUGAUGUACGAAGCUGGCUAUGCUAACUGGACAUUCCUGCUUUGUUUGUUACGGCGUGACGUAUCAUUUCUCAGGAAACAUUUCACUCGAGAAUUUGUGCAAAAUUGUGGUUCUCAUGCUGUUGACGAAUUGCUUAAAGGAUUAGAGCAACUGGAAAUUUGGGCUGUCAGCAGUUGGUAUAAAAAUAGCUUUGGUUAUCGGGCUUUGAUCGACGCUUACAAGCGACACAUAUUGAUGAUUGGAGAAACGAAUGAAAGUGGUGCAGGAUAUUCAUUUAUAUUGGAUAGCCACAUUGCAUUAAAUGGAACUAUCCCCAAAAAUUAUUCAGUUCAAAGCCAACCAGUACCGACUCUCGCUGCAAUGGAAUUAGUUAAAAGGACGUUUACUCCACCUCGAGAAAAGGAUGAAGUAAAUGGCGAAUGUGUCGAAAGAGAUAGAAGUUCGAUAGUAAGCAAUACAACUGUUGCUGAUCAUGAACAAUGCCUUUUAAUGUGA